AGAGUGCACUUCCCCGCACAGUAGUGGGCUCCACAUCGAGCACAACAAAUCAGGGAAACUACACGGCGGACCAUUUCUUUACAGGAGCUCCGAAGAGCACAAGUGUGGAGAUAAAAGCGUCGUUCUCGUUCAGGUUUUCUGGGUUUUUUUUAAUUUAAGCUAAUCCCCCCACCACCACCACAACACCGCUUCUAGCAUAAAGAAGAUUUUGGCAAAAGCGACGACAUAAACACGCAGCUGUGAUGGACAUCAUGAUUGCGGUGCAGGAUGCUUGUGUCUCUGGUCAGUGGCUUACUGCGAUCAUCCUCAGCCUGUGCUGUUUUCUGCCGUCCUGUUUGCCCGCUGGACAAACCGUGGACUAUUCCUCGGUGGAAAGUGUGGUGAGCAGACAAGGCGACACGGUGCUUCUGAGGUGCUACCUAUUGGACGGGAUCUCAAAAGGAGCCUGGCUGAACCGCUCGAGCAUCAUAUUCGCAGGGAACGACAAGUGGUCCGUGGACCCUCGAGUGUCCAUUGUGUCAAGUGUUGGUGACAAACACGAGUACAGCCUUCAGAUACAGAGAGUGGAUGUAACUGACGACGGCCAGUACACGUGUUCCAUUCAGAGUGAGCGCAACCCACGGCCAAAGCUCCUCAACCUUAUUGUGAAAGUUCCUCCCAAGAUAUACGACAUUUCGUCUGACAUCACGGUAAACGAGGGCAGCAACGUGUCGCUCAUCUGUACAGCCAGCGGGAAACCUGAGCCAUCCAUUUCCUGGAGACACAUAACCCCAUUAGCCAAGAAGUAUGACAGUGGCGAAUAUCUUAACAUCACCAGCAUCACAAGGGACCAGGCUGGAGACUAUGAAUGCAGCGCUUUAAAUGACAUCGCCUCUCCUGACACCAAAACAGUAAAAGUCACAGUCAACUUUGCUCCAACUAUCCAUGAAGUAAAAACCAAUGAAGUUGGACUGGGACGCACAGCUCUGCUAAGGUGUGAGGCGGCUGCUGUGCCUUUUCCAACGUUUGAGUGGUACAAGGGUGAGAAAAGGAUUAUCAAGGGUCAAGGCAUCGACAUCAAGAGCCUCAGCUCCAGAUCAGUCCUCACAGUGACCAACAUGACAGAGGAUCGUUACGGGAACUACACAUGCGUCGCCUCCAACAAGCUAGGGACUGCUAAUGCCAGUCUGACUCUCAUCCCGCCCAACACUGCACCCUAUGGGAGCAAAGGACACGCAGACGUCCCGCUGGCCUGCCGAUACCUGGUCCUGGCUCUCUCGUCCUUCAUCAGCGUGUACUAGGUCAGCCUGGACCUGGACACAAUGACUGUCGAGCAUUUAGGAAUCCUUUUUGACACUGCUGAUGGCCGGAAUCCAAUCUGGUACAGUUUCUUGAAAAGCCGUGAGGGGAAAAAUAAUAAGUUUACUUAUCACUUUAUGUGGGGAUUUAUUUUUUUCUUCUGCUUCUUAGUAAAAGUUCUGUCAUGUAAAUACUAUGAUUUUUUUUAAUUAUUGCUAUUAUUAUUAUUAUUAUAAUAAUAU